AUGUCCACCGAGUGGUCUGCAUCUGGCCUCGAGGCCCUCCGCCUACGUCUGGUGCGCUCCAAAGCCGAGACCGCCGCGUUGCCUGACGACGAGCAGCUCCUCGUCGAGCCCUUCUCGCCCAUCUUCGUCUACCCGAUCUUUGGCGACGAGGAGACCAUCUUUGGGUACCAGAGCCUCGAGAUAGAUUACCGCUUCGCGUCCGGCUCGCUCAACCAGUACCUCAGCAUCUCGUUCGACGCCAAGUUUCCCGAGCAAGGCGACGUCAAGGCCGACGACCCGGAAAAGACGCUGUACGAGUUCAUCCCGCCGUCCUACUCGAAGAACCUCGAGGCGUUCGAGGCCACGGUCGAGAAGGACGCGCGCGAGUUUAAGCCGCUCGGGACCAGGGUCGGCGCGUACCGCACACGGUCGGCGGGCGCAGGGGCGGACAAGGGCAAGGGCAAGGGCAAGGGCAAGGGCAGGAGCGAGCCGGGCCCUGUGCUGCCCGAGCGCGAGUGGGAGCCUGUCGAGGACCCGGAGCAAGACGACGACGACGAGGUGCGGUACGAGGCGUACUGGGCCAACUGGGACACGCCCGGCUUCAAGGAGUACCACCGGCGCAUGCAGAUCUUUGUGCUGCUGUACAUCGAGGGCGCGAGCUACAUAGACGAGGAGGACGGGCGGUGGGAGUUUGUCACCUUGUUCGAGCGGCGGAAGACGGACGGCGUCACAUCGUUCCACUUCAUGGGCUUCGUGUCGUUCUACUCGUUCUUCUGCUGGCCAGACACCAAGCGGCUUCGUCUCGCCCAAUUCGUCCUCCUGCCGAUCUACCAGGGUCACGGCCACGGCACCGCCCUCUACACAACCUGCUACCGCAACAUCCUGUCUCGCAAGGAGAUCAGCGAGCUCACAGUCGAGGACCCGUCAGAGGCGUUCGAGGACAUGCGUGACAAGUGCGACCUGUUCACGCUCGUGUCGGAAAACGCGCUCGCCGGGCUCAAGGCGCCGCUCGACCGCGAGUGGACCGAGUCGGUCCGCAAGAAGUACAAGCUCGCGGAUCGCCAGUUCUACCGCCUCGUCGAGAUGCUCCUCCUCCUCACCUCGGACCCGAACGACGCGCCGCAGCAGCGCCUCAUCCGCCUCGGCGUCAAGAAGCGCCUGUACCUGUUCAACAAGGAGCAGCUCCUCCAGAUCGAGGACAAGGACGAGCGCAAGGCCAAGCUCCAGGAGACGUUUGUCGGCGUCCAGGACGACUACCGCCGCUUGACCUACAAGUUCUCGGCGGCGUGAGCGCGGACGUGGAAGCAGGAGGAAAAGGCGCGCAGGCGUGCAGGACAGAGCCGGACCGGCCUCGCAAUGCCACUCGAUCUUUGCGCC